AUGGCCGUAGGUCUAGGCUCACGACAAGCAGCGGAUGAAGAGGCACGGGCAGAGGUGGAGGUUCUGAACUCGAGACUGGAGAAAACCCGCAUCUUGAAUACGAAACUCGCAGCGUCGCUGUCCAGGCUCGAAGGAAGCGGGAAGAGUGUGCAGGAGGCCAUUGGCCCAUUGUAUGGAAACACGCAUAGGCUUCAGGUUCUUGGGACGAAUAUCGAUGGCAUCAUUUCAGCAAUCGAGAGGAUUAGACAACCUUCCGACAUCAAGAGCAAUGAGGAGGAUAUCAUCCGGAAAGGUCCCGAGAAGGCCGGACUGGCGGCCUUCCUCAGCUCCGUGAAGCGUGUGAACAAGGCCCUCUCCGAACUCAGGCAGACGAACCUCCGGUCGAACCAACAAGCUGUGGCAGAUCUCACGAGGCUGCUAAAAUCAGGGAAUACGCAAUUAGAGACCCAUUUCCAGAAGAUCCUGCAGGAAGACUCGCGGCCGAUCGAGCCCCUCCACUUCAUUACGAAAGACAAACCUUUCCCGAUGCUCUCACAGGACAAGACGACCCGGCUCGGACUGAUCAAUUCAUACAUUGUCUCAGCUAACAGACAGUCUGGAGCCGCUCCCGGAGAAUCGCCGAUGCUGCAAGUAUAUGCAGGCGUUCGAGGACCAUAUCUUACUGCAACCCUGCAAAAUCUGGCUGCUGCGUCGGUCAACACCGCAAAGAAGAAGACGCCGGAUGCACUGUAUCGUCAAGGGACGAACGGCAUGGGCACAUAUGCAAAGGGCAUGGAGGGGGCGUUCCUCGCCGAGUACGACAAUAUCUGCGCCCUGUUCUCUAGGGACGAAUGGGGAAAGGUCUUCAAUCUGACAUGCCAAGGAGCCAUUUCGGAACUGGCAAGGACUCUCCGCGAAUUAAACUCACAUAUCAAGGCAAACCUGACCACUGACUGCUAUCUUGCCUACGAGAUAAUCGAGAUCAUGUCAAGCCUCAGCUCAAGCCUGGAGGACAGGACAGGGGAGUUGAAGCCAUCGUUCGCGGCAGCGCUAAAACCUGUCCGUGAGACCGGGAAGUCAUCCUUGGCGGAGCUUCUCGAAGACACACGUCGUCGGGUCAGUACCCUGCCGAUGAUUCCUGCCGAUGCUGCUGCCGUGCCGAUCACCUCCGAGACAAUGACCCGACUUCAGACCAUGGUCGAUUUCCUCCGUCCCAUUUCAAGCAUUAUGAUCUCGUUAGGAGAUGGUGGUUGGAAGGCAACUGCUGCAUCUAACAGCUCCUCUGACCAAAUACCCAGUCUAAACUCAUUCGAUGUUGGUGCUGAUGGAAAGCAAAUAUUUGCACACUACAGCAUCGAUACCAUUGACAGCCUUCUCGCAGCACUCGAGCAAAAAGGCAAGCCACUGCUGAAAGGAAAGCAGGCUCUGGGCGUUUUUCUAGCGAACAAUGCGACGAUUGUCGACCGCAUGAUUCGGAACUCGGACUUGCAGCCUCUCCUCUCCUCGCGAAUGGCUGACGUCGAUAAAUGGCGCAAAAACGGGGCACAGCUGUACACUGCGGCGUGGCGUGAACCCUGUGGCCAUCUCUUAGAUGUUCAGUACACCAAUCGUGGAUCCCAAAGACCGCCUUCUGGCUCAGCAGCUGCAAUUGAUUCAGCAGCUAUUCUUAAGGGCCUUAGUAGCAAGGACAAAGAUGCGAUCAAGGAGAAAUUCAGGCUGUUUAAUACGAGUUUCGACGACCUCAUCGCGAAGCAUAAGAGUCUAAAUAUGGAAAGAGAGGUCCGGGAGAUGUUGGCUCGCCAGGUGCAGCAAAUGAUCGAGCCAUUAUACUGCCGCUUCUGGGAUCGAUACCACGAGGUGGACAAAGGGAAGGGGAAAUAUGUAAAGUAUGACAAGGGGAGCAUCUCGGCAGUUUUUCUAAGCCUGUCAUAA